CUACAGUUCUGGAGGAUGUGUUGAAGACCAGAGAGGGAGGAGAGCUGCCCAAGACCCUGACUGAGAUGUAUGCAGAAUUCUUGGUUCAUCAAACAAAGCAGAGGAAUGAAGAAAAGUGUAUUCAGUACAUCAAGUCAUUAGCAAAACUUUCUUUCCACCAGCUGGAAAAGGGCAACCUGAUCUUCUACGAGAAAGAUCUAAAAGAGAGCGACAUAGAUGUCCGGGGGGCUUCGGUGUGCUCAGGAGUGUUCACAGAAAUCUUUAAAGAGGAACGUGGGAAGAGGAAGGAGGAUGACAAGAUGUUUAGCUUCGUCCAUCUAACUGUUCAGGAGUUUCUGGCUGCUCUUCAUGUCCGUCUGACCUUCACCAACUCUGGUGUCAAUCUGCUGGCUACAUCCUGGAGGUCUAAAUUUAAUUACAAACGGAAUCUAAAACAUCUCUACCAGAGUGCUGUGGACAAGGCCUUACAGAGUCCAAAUGGACACCUGGACUUGUUCCUCCGCUUCCUCCUGGGACUUUCACUGCAGACCAAUCAGACUCUCCUUCAAGGUCUGCUGACACAUACAGGAAGUACCUCACAGACCAAUCAUAAAACAGUCCAGUACAUCAAGGAGAAGUUGGAGGAAAAUCUCUCUGCAGAGCAAAGCAUCAAUCUGUUCCACUGUCUGAAUGAACUGAAUGAUCGUUCUCUAGUGGAGGAGAUCCAACAGUCCCUGAGAUCAGGAAGUCUCUCCACAGAUAAACUCUCUCCUGCUCAGUGGUCAGCUCUGGUCUUCAUCUUACUGUCAUCAGAAAAAGAUCUGGACGUAUUUGACCUCAAGAAAUACUCUGCUUCAGAGGAGGCUCUUCUGAGGCUGCUGCCAGUGGUCAAAGCCUCCAACAAAGCUCUACUGAUUGGCUGUAACCUCUCAGCGAGAAGCUGUGAAGCUCUGUCCUCAGUUCUCAGCUCCCAGUCCUGUAGUCUGAGAGAGUUGUACCUGAGUAACAAUAACCUGGAGGAUUCAGGAGUGAAGCUGCUGUCUGCUGGACUGGAGAGGCCACACUGCACACUGGAAACUCUCAGCUCUCGUCGCUCACCACGCGCCACCAACCGGGCUGUCGACCACAGUGUGUUAGCCCGCCUAGCUUGGUCGGCUAGCACCACCACCAGCUGUGACAACACUGCACUCAGCUUCGCUCUGCUCAACAUCUGCUCAUUGACAGACAAGGGACAUCUCAUCCAGUACCUCAUCUCCGAUCCGGAUGCACCUGCAGCUUCGAGUCUCACUGACACGGAUCCCUUUGGCGGACAGUUCCUGCCGACACUGUUACAUCUCCUCCACCGGCUGCAUCUCCUGCACUGGCAGCAAACGGUGAUCGGCUGGGCUGCCGGUCUGCCGCUGGGCCUGAUCGGCGGCCGUCAUCCCAGUCAAAAACCUCUGCUUCCCGACCUAGGAUCCUGA